GGCGCUAUUUUGAGGAGGAGAAGCGGCGCUGAGUUCAGGAUCUGCGUCUCUACCAGACAGUAAAGCUGAGGAAGAAGGAGAAGCUGCAGGAGGAGCUGAGUGUGAAGGAGAGCUGGAGGAGUCCUGCUGAGGAAGGAGGAGAAGCUGCAGGAGGAGCUGAGUGUGAAGGAGAGUUGGAGGAGACCUGCUGAGGAAGGAGGAGAAGCUGCAGGAGGAGCUGAGUGUGAAGGAGAGCUGGAGGAGACCUGUUGAGGAAGGAGGAGAAGCUGCAGGAGGAGCUGAGUGUGAAGGAGAGCUGGAGGAGACCUGCUGAGGAAGGAGGAGAAGCUGCAGGAGGAGCUGAGUGUGAAGGAGAGCUGGAGGAGACCUGCUGAGGCAGAGCUUCACCGGAGAGAGCAAGAUGAAGACUGUGUGGUUGCUGACUCUGGUCCUCCACUGCGCUCUUUCAGAGAUGUUUGAGGUUCUGUGUCCAGGUUCUCCUGUUGUCGCUGUAGCUGGUUCUGAUGUUGUUCUGCCGUGUUCUGUUCGACGCUCGGCUGGUCAGUCCAGUCUGAGUGCUGUGGAUAUGAACGUUACGUGGACCAGACCAGAGCUGGUAGACGGUCUAGUGCAUCUCUAUGCUAAUCAUAGAGACGUGAACACCAGUCAGAUUCUUCAGUACAGAGGGAGAACAGCUGUGUUUACAGAGGAGCUCCAGAACGGGAACGUCUCACUGAGACUAACUGACGUUAAACUUCAAGAUGAAGGAGGUUAUAAAUGUCGUGUUGACUCUAAAUUCUGUAACGAUGAGAUCACUAUUUAUCUUAGAGUCGAAGUGAUUGGAGAACGUCCAGUGAUCUCUGUGGAGAAAUAUGAUAGUAACUCUGAACAGUUCAGUUUACUGUGUGAGUCUAAAGGCUGGCGGCCUCAGCCGGAUCUUCAGUGGCUGAACAGUAAAGGAGAAAAUCAGACUGCAGGAGAUCCAGACUCACACAGUAACUGUGAGCUGUUCAACGUGAAACGGCGCUUCACUGUGCAUAAGAACCACAUCGACACGUUCUACUGCAGAGCCACAGUGGGAGAAAAUCAGAAAAUCAAAUACACGAAGGAGGAACAGAUCAAAUCUGAAGUCUUCUAUGAAAACCUGCCCAUGUCAACUGGUGCCAAAGUGGCUAUAGGGUUUGCAGUUGCAGUGAUUAUAGUCCUCAUCCUGGCUGGCAUCGUUUUUUACAAAUAUAAAGAAAGAAAAAGAAAAGAAGAAGAGGAAAGAUGGGAAAGAGAAUGGCCAGAAAAGGAGGAACUGAAAAGAGUGAUACUUGCUUUGGAGAAGCCUGAAGAGGGGCAGCGUAACGACUCCUCAGUGGAGAUGGGUCUGCUGAAGCCUGAAGAGGAGCAGCGUAAUGACUCCUCAGUGACGACUGCUUUGCUGAAUCAUCUAAGAAAAGUCCCACUACAGGAAUUAAGGGAAAAGCUGCAGCGACUGCUGGAAUCUCGCUCUGGAGUUCUGCUGUGUGGUGAAGAUCUCACAGAGAAAAGCUGUGCUGUUCUGGCCUCAGCUCUCAGCUCAAAGAACUCAAACCUAACAGAACUGGACCUGAGUCUUAAUGAACUGCAGAAAUCAGGAGUAAAGAAGCUCUGUGAGGGACUGAGGAGUGAAAACUGUAAACUGGAGACUCUGACGCUGGCUUACUGCAGGAUUAGAGACGAAGGCUGUGCUGAUCUGAUUAAAGCUCUGAAAUCAAACCCCCAAUCAAAGCUGACAGAGCUGAACCUGAGAGGCAAUGACCCAGAAGAAGUAGCAGUGGAGCUGUUCAGGGACCCACGUCGUAUACUGGAGAAACUACAACUGCGUGGUGAAGGUCUCACAGAGAAAAGUUGUGCUGUCCUGGCCUCAGCUCUCAGCUCACAGAACUCAAAACUAACAGAACUGGACCUGAGUUAUAAUAAACUGCAGGAUUCAGGAGUGAAGAAGAUCUGUGAGGGACUGAGGAGUCCAAACUGUAAACUGGAGACACUUAGACUGUCAGCUUGUCGUCUCACAGAGGAAAGCUGUGCUGAUUUGGCUUCAGCUCUCAUGGUAAAGAAGUCACCACUGAGAGAACUGAACCUCAGUCGUAAUGAACUGCAGGAUUCAGGAGUGAAGAAGCUCUGUGAUGGACUGAGGAGUGAAAACUGUAAACUGGAGACUCUGAACCUGUCAGCUUGUCGUCUCACAGAGGAAAGCUGUGCUGAUUUGGCUUCAGCUCUCAUGGUAAAGAACUCACCACUGAGAAAACUGGACCUGAAUAAUAAUGAACUGCAGGAUUCAGGAGUGAAGAAGCUCUGUGACGGACUGAGGAGUGAAAACUGUAAACUGGAGACACUGAAACUGUCAGGUUGUCGUAUCACAGAGGAAAUCUGGGCUGAUUUGGCUUCAGCUCUCAUGGUAAAGAACUCACCACUGAGAGAACUGAACCUGAGUCUUAAUAAACUGCAGGACUCAGGAGUGAAGAAGCUCUGUGACGGACUGAGGAGUGAAAACUGUAAACUGAAGACUCUGAAACUGUCAGCUUGUCGUCUCACAGAGAAAAGCUGUGCUGAUUUGGCUUCAGCUCUCAUGGUAAAGAACUCACCACUGAGAGAACUGGACCUGAAUCUCAAUAAACUGCAGGAUUCAGGAGUGAAGAAGCUCUGUGACGGACUGAGGAGUGAAAACUGUAAACUGGAGACUCUGAACCUGUCAGCUUGUGGUCUCACAGAGAAAAGCUGUGCUGAUUUGGCUUCAGCUCUCAUGGUAAAGAACUCACCACUGAGAGAACUGAACCUGAGUCAUAAUGAACUGCAGGAUUCAGGAGUGAAGGAGCUCUGUGAUGGACUGAGGAGUGAAAACUGUAAACUGGAGACUCUAAGCCUGUCAGCUUGUGGUCUCAUAGAGAAAAGCUGUGCUGAUUUGGCUUCAGCUCUCAUGGCAGAGAAUUCACCACUGAGAGAACUGGACCUGAGUAAUAAUAAACUGCAGGAUUCAGGAGUGAAGAAGCUCUGUGUCGGACUGAGGAGAGGAAACUGUAAACUGAAGACUCUGAACCUGUCAGCUUGUCGUCUCACAGAGGAAAGCUGGGCUGAUUUGGCUUCAGCUCUCAUGGUAAAGAACUCACCACUGAGAGAACUGGACCUGAGUAAAAAUACACUGCAGGAUUCAGGAGUGAAGAAGCUCUGUGACGGACUGAGGAGUGAAAACUGUAAACUGGAGACUCUGAAACUGUCAGAGUGUCGUCUCACAGAGAAAAGCUGUGUUGAUUUGGCUUCAGUUCUCAUGGUAGAGAAUUCACCACUGAGAAAACUGGACCUGAGUUAUAAUAAACUGCAGGAUUCAGGAGUGAAGAAGAUCUGUAACGGACUGAGGAGUGAAGACUGUAAACUGGAGACUCUGAAACUGAGUAGCUGCAGUAUUACAGAUGAAGGCUGUGCUGAACUGGUUACAGUGCUGAAAUCAAACCCCUCAUACCUGACAGAGCUGGAUCUGACCGCAAAUCAACUAGAAGAUUCAGGAGUGGAGCAGCUCAUUGAACUAAAGGACAAUCCGGACUAUAAACUGGAGAAACUACGGAUCUGAACACAGAUGCCGAGCCUGAAGAGAUUCCCACCCACAGAUCUGAGGACUCUCUGUGUGUUUGUCUUUUUAACAAGAUUUCUCAUGAUAAAUAUAACCAUAUUGCCCACGUCUAAU